AAAUGCUGUGAUAUACAGGAAGCUGAGGCUUAUAUCCUAACAGAAGUAUAUUCCUAAAUUUUGUAAAAGUGACCAGUGCAAUUUGCAAAUCCAAACUAGGGACAGGUUUUUCGUUAAAGUUAGUGGAGGAAAAGUUGCUAACUUAGAGUAAUUGAUUAGUGGAGAGAUGGAAGGCUUGGGGGAAUUCAUUUGUCAGGAUUGUAACAUGGCAUUCCAUUCUACUGGACUCCUGGAUAAGCACAAGGCCAAAUUCUGCAUUGGUAUAGACUUAAAAGACCCAGUAACUCUACGGAAAGGAUGGUUGGGUCUCACUGAGACCAAAAAAACAGCUGUGAGAACAGUGCAUCCAACAAGAGUAAGGACACCUGACUUUUUUGUUCUGAAAGAACAGAGUCAACAGAUGGUUCAGAGAAAAAGCGAACAGGACAAACCUCAUAACACCUUACCGGAAAAUACUACUCUAAGCAAGCUCACUGAAGAGUUUCAGAAGCUCAGGAUGUCUGUUGAGAACAGCCUGCCAAGAAGACAGACAAUGGUCUCUGAGGAGCAGGGCUUACUCCAGCAGAGGGCUGAUGAGCAGAGGGGUCUUGAAUUGUUAAAGCAUCAUGAGCAGAAGCUGGCUGACAUCAGGGCACACAACCACCAGCUAGAGAAGCAGAGAGAGGAGAUCAAGCAGCGGCUUGCAGAAUUGGCAGGGCGGGACAGGACAGUUCAUCUAGAGGAAGUGCUGCAGGAGAUGAGAUAUCAUGAACAGAGGAAUGAGGAUGUGCUGCAUCAGCUCAGCACUCACAUCAACUCAAUUAAAGAGUUUAAUCCAAAUGAGGUCCCCUCUAACCCACCAGAAGACAAGAAGACACAGCAUCUCACCUUUGACAAGAUCUCCUCUGUGAAUGGCCCACUCUCUGCCCAGAUAAGAUCUUUGCAUCUGGCAUAUAUGCAGUCUGGUGGUUCUGAUCCUGAGGUUCUGGCCCAUAUGCAUGACCUUCAAGCAGAAGCUCUUACACUGGAGCAGGCAAAACCUAGAGCUGACCGCAAGACAAAAGAAAGAAGGAUGAAAUCUCCUAAAAGGGUGCAAGACCCUGAGAUUCUUGCUGUGGAGCAGGAGAACCAGAGGCUUGAGGAGGAAAUCUUCAGAAUCCAGUUGGCCAGGGAGAGACACAUAGGGGAACAUGGUCUCCAUGAUAUACAGAAGGACCACAUCCAUCACAUGGCAAGCCUCCAGGCUGAGAUUACCUUUCUAAGGAGAGAAAUAGAGAAGGGGAGAGAUAAAAGGCUACCACCUCCUCUACCUCUUUUUCCUGGAACCUCUCUGGCCCUAACACACCCUGCUCUUGCACUGGAUCAAAUUUCAAAGCAGGGGUUGGGUUGCCAUGUAACUGACCCCAUGGAAACACUUGGUCCUGCACCUUAUGAUUCUGUGGCUGGUUUUGUGAUCUUCUAUGACCUUGUGAUGGGUAUAGAAGCUACAUUGAGAUCAGUGCGUUUGAUGGCAGGAUUUUAUUGCAAUGGGCAGAAGUUGGGACAGACCACCUAUAUGCCACCUGUGCAAUGCCAACCUGCAGGGGCACUACACUACCCAUCAACCAAGACUCCUGAAAACUAUGCCAUACUGGCGGUUAAACAGCCUGUGCCAAGAAUACAGCCAUCUCCGUAUCUGUCUUUGAUUGUGGAGAUUCAGGCUUCUGGAUGUCUGGAUGCGUACAACCAUGAAUUUGAGGGAUUGGUGUCUUGUGGCUGGGCAAAGCUUGAACUCUUUGAUCAGCACAGCCAGGUACAAAGGGGCCAUUGGAGGGUUCCAUUCCGCUCUCUCCCAGUUCGAGCAUCCUUGAGUCCAUCUCAGGUGAAUUCUGUGCCUCAGCUGGGUAACAUGGAACUUUGUCUUCGGUUAGUAAAUUCCCAUGAUGGAGAUGUACAGACCCUUGCAAAGAUUGAUCCAAACCAUAUCAGCCAAUACAAGUACCCACCUGUGGUAUGCAAAGGAACAUGUCUAAAGAUGUCAUUUGUCUCAUUAACAGCAUACUUGAUUGUGUUGUGCUUAGAGCCUCAUAAAUGUCUUUUUCAGGUGGUCUCAAACACACCAACAAUUGUGGGAACCCACGAACCAUUUUAUUCAACAUUACAACCCUCAUCCAAACCAUUACCUUCAUUACUGCCACAGUCAGAUCAUGUGGACCCUACCAGGCAGGAAUCAAAUUAGAGGACAAUGAUAGAUGAACCUCUAAUUUUGCAAACUCACUUAAAUUGUAAUUCAAGUAAUUAGUGACAAACCUUUAUUUUUUUUACCGCUUUGAUUACAUCACACCUCUCUUUGAGUUUCAUGAUGAAUUAUUUAAAAUAAUUAAAUACAAUCACUGUUCCUUUGUACACAUUUCUAUUUUUUAGUUACCCAUUGAUUAAGGCACUUUUCAUUUGUGAAAGCACUUUAAUGCUUUAAACUGGUACACUAAACCUUCAGCAACUACCUCAAAAAGUCUCACAAAUUUAGCUGUCAAAUAAUUUGGCCACAAGUAGGGCUGGGUAUUGAUACAGCUUUCCUGAUUUUAUUCCAUUCCGAUUAACAAGCUCUCAAUUUGAAUGAAUAUCCAUUUUGCUUACAUAAGAAAUUCUCAGCUAAUGCUGUUAAUUAUACAGAAGACCUUCUAAUUAGGUGCAGUAUAAGGAGGGUUGGGGAGUAACAGAAUACAUGUAACAGGAUUACAUAUUUAAAAUACAAAAUAAUUGUAACUGUUUUCCACUACAUAUACAAUUUAAAUCUUUGGUAAUCAGAAUACAGUAACAUUCAAAAAGUAUUUUGAUUACUGAAGUGAUUGCAUUUUAUUGUAAUGUUUUCCAUUUAAUGUUUAGUUUAUUCAUUUGAAAAACAUUCAUAUAAAUUAUGUGAUCCAAAGAGUGUUUGAACAGCUGUGAAACACUAAGAUGUUACAUUCAUACAUGCAGACAUUAAAGUUUGGACCAGCAGAAAUAGAAAUAAACCUUAUGUACAGGUGCAUCUCAAUAAAUUAGAAUGUCGUGGAAAAGUUCAUUUA